CUUUCGCUAAUAACCUGGAAGACUUCCGGAGCGAGGUGACGUUUCCAGCGUUCCUUCCUACGUAAUCUCCAGGCGGGGCCGGGAGGUUCUAAGGUGGUGAGCCUUGUUAAUUUCUAGGAGGGGACCAUUUAUUGAAGAAAGACCUAAGAAAGUAUUAGGACUGGCAGCCUCUUUUACCAUCCGACUUUUUAAAAUCUUCACCUAAGGAUAUGUUUUUAUUGAUUUUAGAGAGAGAGAGAAACAUCCAUGUGAGAGAGAAACAUCAACUAGUUGUCUCUCAUAUGUGCCUCAACUGGGGACCAGAUCUACAACCCAGGAGGUAGAUAACUGAAAGGAAUCCACUCCACUGCUGCAACCAAACCAGAUGCCUUCUUCUACUUCCUCAGACCAAGGAGAUGACCUGGAGGCUUGUGUUUUGAGAUUUUCAGACUUGGAUUUGAAAGACACAAGUCCUACCAACCCCAGUAGCAAUCUCAAAGCAGAGCUAGAUGUCAAUACAAAGAAGAAGUACUCGUUUGCAAAGAAAAAGGCAUUUGCCCUUUUUGUCAAAACCAAAGAAGUUAUAGCACCUUCUUAUAAAUGUGAAGAAAAGUGGUGGAAAUGCUGUCAGCAACUGUUCACGGACCAGACCAGCAUCCACAGACAUGUGGCAAUACAACAUGUUGAUGAGAUUCGCCACCAGACUGCUUCUAUUUUAAAGCAGCUGGCUGUGACAUUGAGCACCUCAAAGGAGCUUAAGUCUGCAGACAGAAGGAACCCUCCAAGGGAGCACCUUACCCGAAACCGUGAAGUAUCUGCUUGGCUCCCGGAUACUAGUUGCUUUAGCCCUGAUGAGCUGAUAAGUGGCCAGGGCAGUGAGGAAGGAGAGGUGCUACUUUAUUACUGCUACCAUGACCUGGAGGAUCCCCACUGGAUCUGCGCCUGGCAGACAGCUCUGUGUCAGCGCCUGCACCUCACAGGCAAGGUGCGAAUUGCUACAGAAGGAAUCAACGGGACAGUUGGUGGAAGCAAACUGGCCACCAGGCUCUACGUGGAAGCCAUGCUUUCCUGCCCAUUGUUUAAGGGUUUUCUGUGUAAGGACGAUUUUAAGACCAGCAAAGGAGGAGCUUGCUGUUUCCCAGAAUUGCGUGUUGGUGUAUUUGAAGAAAUUGUGCCUAUGGGGAUCAGUCCCAAUAAGAUCUCCUACAAGAAGCCUGGAAUCCAUUUAUCUCCAGGUGAAUUUCAUAAAGAAGUAGAAAAGUUUUUGUCUCAGGCAAAUCAAGAACAAAAUGAUACCAUCCUACUGGACUGCAGAAACUUCUAUGAAAGCAAAAUAGGACACUUCCAAGGCUGCUUAGCCCCAGACAUCAGGAAAUUCAGUUACUUCCCUAGCUACGUUGACAAAAAUCUAGAACUCUUCCGAGAGAAGAGGGUACUGAUGUAUUGCACGGGGGGCAUCCGUUGUGAGCGGGGUUCAGCCUACCUCAAAGCCAAGGGAGUGUGCAAGGAAGUGUUCCAGCUCAAGGGUGGCAUCCACAAGUACCUGGAAGAAUUUCCUGAUGGUUUUUACAAAGGGAAGUUGUUUGUUUUCGAUGAGCGUUACGCCUUGUCCUACAACAGUGACGUAGUGUCAGCGUGUUCAUACUGUGGAGCCCCCUGGGACCAGUAUAGACUCUGCUCCACUCCCCAGUGCCGCCAGCUUGUCCUGACCUGUCCCACCUGCCAAGGACAAGGCUUCACAGCCUGUUGUGUCACCUGCCAAGACAAAGGGAGCAGGCCUGCGUCGAGCCCUGCCCAGAACAGCUUUAAGGAGGAAUGUGAGUGCACAGCCCGCCGGCCGCGCGUACCCAGCGACCUCCCGCCCCAGGCGCAACUCCCCGUGAGCCCAGAACCGGGACCCAACGGUGGUGAGGACGGGCCGUGCCCGUGUGAGCGGCGCCGUCGGCAUUCCCCGAAGCCUGCGCCAAGCCCAGUUUGAGGUACCCUGUACUGGAGGACAUCAGGCUGCAACAACAGAGAAAUGGGGGACUUUGGUGCCGGCCAGUGCCAGCAUGUCAGACUGGUCACCAUAUUGGCCACCUGUACUUCACUAGAGCAGGGAAGUGGGAGUUGGUGCUGACCGCUUACCUGAGAGAUUCUGACUCAGAAAAUUCGACAGCAUAGAAAAGGGUGAGCUCUGUGGGGUCCCCAAGCAGCUGAGGGAUAGGCUAUGUCCUUUCUGUGCCAUGCGGCAGGGCUGGUAGUAGUCAUUUUUCUUGCCACCAAACCUGACUGUCCUGAUGGCAAAAGUGUGAAAGCUGUGGCCCUGGAAGUGGACCCCUUGGAACCAGUCCCUUUAGGUCACCUGCUGUCCACCCCUGCCCUCGCCUCGUCUCUGUUAGCCCGAGAGCACUCGACUGGGAUCUGCAGACUACGGCAUUUGGCCCAUCUGCUUUUGUAAAUAAAGUUUUAUUGGAAUAGCCACACCCAUUUGUUUACAUAUGAUUUAUAGCAGAAUUAAGUAUUUACAACAGAAAGAUUAUGGCCUGCAAAACCUAUAUUUACUAUCUGGUCCUUUAUAGA